ACAAGUUUCCGUUCUAUGUUUCGUUCAUGAUCAGCCAGAAUAUGACAGACAGUUUGUGACCUAAUUGCAUAGAGGACGGAGAAAAAGAAGAGGCUGGCAGUAAAGUGUUGACACUUUUAUCAUGCCCCGCGACUUGUAUGGCACUGCUAACUUAAACGCACGAUUCCGACUGGACGAUCUCGCUUUUUGAACCUGGAACCUGGAACCUGGAACCUGGAACCUGGAAUCAGGAAUCAGGAAGAUGCGCGCAGUGUAUCGUAAUAUAACAUGUACCUACAUCUGUCAGAUUUCUCGAUGCAGGCAUAUAUCUAUAUAUGUAUAUACACACAUAUACACAUCUGUAUUUACGCGGGCAUCCCCGAAAGUACGUCAUUUUCUGAAGAAGCACUGACAAAAAUAUGGAGUCAUUUUUACAACUUUUUGAUCCACAAAACGAUAAGGAUCUGAGGAAAAGGCAAUGGGUUGAUUCUGAGAAUGAAGGAAAUGGAUUAUCAGACUGCGAGACUUCUAGUGCUGAUGAGGAUCAAGAAGACCGACUACCACCUGAACCAGAACAAGGGAACAUAGAGUACAAAUUAAAAUUGAUAAAUCCAUCUAGUCAACGUUUUGAACAUCUUGUCACCCAGAUGAAAUGGAGGCUAAGAGAAGGACAUGGAGAAGCGAUUUAUCAAAUUGGAGUGGAGGAUAAUGGACGAUUGGCGGGUUUAACAAAAGAGGAAAUGAAAGCGUCCUUAAAGACGCUGAAGGACAUGGCUUCCAGACUAGGUGCUACUAUAAGAGUAUUACGCGAGCGAAUAGCCACGAGUAAAACCUUAACAUUGCAAAAUAAUAAUAAGGAGGAGAAGAAAGUCACUGAAGUACUGGUAAAAAAAUUACGGAAAGACGACAGAGAGGACCAGGAUAGUAUUAUAGACUUGAGACUGGCGGUCACCGGAGCGCAGGAUGCUGGAAAGUCGACUCUCUUAGGAGUACUGACGCAGGGUGAGUUGGAUAAUGGAAGAGGUAGAGCAAGACUCAACAUGUUACGUCAUCUGCAUGAAAUAAAGACUGGUCGUACAUCUUCGAUAUCCCAUGAAAUUAUUGGAUUUGAUAGUGCAGGUCACGUUUUGAAUUACGCUGAAAUGGCAACAGCAGAAGAGAUAUGCGAACACGCGUCGAAGGUUGUUACGUUCAUUGACUUAGCUGGACAUCGGAAAUACCUGAGGACGACGGUACUUGGACUUACGGGAUAUUCGCCCCAUCAUGUUAUGCUAGUAAUAGCACCGCCUUUGAACGAUGCGUCACAGGAACACAUGGCUCUCUGUUUAGCGUUAAAACUUCCAUUCUUUAUUGUCGUAAAUAAAAUCGAUUUGGGAUUUUGCGACAUGUCUGAAACGCUAGCUCAACUCGGAAACGCUAUGGUGACGCAAGGUUAUCCCAAGCAAUUAGUACUGUUCAGCAAUAACGAUAUACCGUCAUGGGACUACACAUCCGAUGUGAUACCAGUAUUUAGUGUUAGUUGCGUUACCGGUGAAGGUCUAGAAGAUUUGACUAUAUUUAUAAAAAAUUUGGCACCUUACGAGAUGAAUUCGAUCGACUCGGAUCCAGAAUCCUGUCUAUUUCAAAUUGACGAAACAUUUAGGGUAGCAGGUUUAACACAACCAGUUUUAGGAGGGUUACUUGUUAAAGGGGCAAUUGCACCGGGUACUCGUUUAUUAGUAGGACCUUUGCCGGAUGGAGAAUUUAGUCCAGUGAAAGUAGUUAGUCUGCAUCGUAAUAAAGCUCCGUGUUGUUUAGUUAGAGCGUCUCAGAGUGCCAGUCUGACUCUAGCACCACCGACGAAUCGUAGCCCUCCCCUACCACAUCUUCGUCCGGGGAUGGUUUUAGUCUCUUUACGUGAUCGACCGCACGCAACACACUUCUUUCAGGCAACUGUAUUAAUAUUAUAUCACGCAACCGCGAUAUUCCCCGGGUUUCAAACCACGGUACACGUGGGCAAUGUGAGACAGACUUGCGUUAUUGAGGGAAUAAUGGAUGCAAAUGACAGAGGGUUGCAGACGAAUGACACCGCUUCUGUGUUGUUUAGAUUCGUCAGUCAUCCAGAAUAUCUCUCUGUCGGGAUGCGACUUUUAUUCAGAGAGGGACGUACUAAGGGGAUUGGCAAAAUCACGCAAAUCUUUCCCAUGAUUAGGUCGCAGAACUCGAUCAAGUGAAAGAAAUUAUGACCCAAUGUAAAAUAAUAUCAGAAAUAUGCCAUUUUCAAAGAA